UUAGCUUCUCACGUCUUUCUUUUCAAUAAGAUCAACCUACUCUUCAUCAAGCUCUUCUCUCAGAAAGAUCAAAUGGAAAACUCAGCACUAAGCAAUGUCGUGAGGCGAACAGUAAUCUCUAAUCAACAGAGAACAAUACAAGAGGGUCUAGAAGAGAGUAGUUGGGAUAUGUACGUUGAAACCGAAGAUGGUAUCAGCCAUUAUGAAGAUUCUUCCAUGAUCUCAGAUGCUGCGUCUCCUAUAAUCUAUGUCGAAGAAGACACGGCUUCAUCUCCGUCUAACAGAACCAAGGGUUGCAGUGAAAUGGAGAACAAUACGACAGAAAUAAAAAUCAUGAACAAUUCUAAAACUGAGGAGAAAGGAUUGAAUAAGAAAGGGAUAAUGAAUGAAGAAUAUUGCGUAGAAUUGAAGAAGAGAGGACUUUGUUUAGUGCCUUUGUCGAUGUUGUACACCUACAUUGGUUGA